UGCAGGUCUGUGUGUCUGUUGUUCUCAGCUCUCGGCUAGGCUAGAAAAGGAGGAGGAACCUGUCCAGAAUUCCAGCAGGACAGGAAAAAGAGGGGACAUCUCAACAUGGAAAAACUCUGCAACGAAAAUGAAGGAAUGCCUGAGAACCAAGGAAAGAUGGAAAACCAAGAACAGCCACAGGAUGUGGGAAAGCCAGAAAUAGCUUGUACUCUGGAAGACAAGGAAAAGUUAGAAAAUGAGGGAAAGAUAGAAAAGAAGGAAAAGACAGAAGAUGAGGAAAUCCUUAAAGAUAAGGAAAAGCCAGAGAAGGAGGGAAAGCCAAAAGAAGAGGGAAAGCUAGUCAAUGAGGGAAAGCCAGAGAGCGAGGGAAAACCAAAAGAAGAAGGAAAACAGGAGAAUGAGGGAAAGCCAAAAGACGGAAAACCAGUGAGUGAGGGAAAGCCAAAAGAAGAAGGAAAACCAGCCAGUGAACCAAGGGCUGCAGGGAAGCGCCCAGCUGGGGAUGAUGUACCCAGGAAAGCCAAAAGAAAAACCAACAAGGGGCUGGCUCAGUGCCUCAAGGAAUAUAAGGAGGCCAUACAUGAUAUGCAUUUGAGCAAUGAGGAGAUGAUAAGAGAAUUUGAUGAGAUGGCUAGGGUAGAGGAUGAGGUGAAGAAAACCAGACAGAAAUUGGGGGGGUUUAUGUGGAUGCAAAAAAGUUUACAGGACCCCUUCCAUCCGAGGGGCCCAAGGGAACUCAGGGGUGGCUGCAGGGCCCCACAAAGGGGCUUUGAAGACAUUCCUUUUGUGUAGUGCCCGGCCAGGCAUUUGCCAGGCCCUGGGCUUUAACUUUAUUGCUAAUACUUUGCUUUAAGUGUCACUCUCGUUAUUCAACUGCAGCCCUCUGUGUUUCAGUAGCAGAUUAUCAUCCAUUGCAUGGAAAAAUGUUUAUGGUGCAUUGUAAAAUUAAAAAGAAAACAGUUUGCAGAACCAUAUAUAUGGCAUCGGUCCAUUUUUGUAAAACUGCAAAGAUAUUUACAUAGUGAUCUGUGUACAGAAGAAACUGAAAGCUGUGUCUACUAAAAGCUUAACAGUAGUUAUCUGUGGGUGAUUUUUUUGUUCAGUUUACUUUUAUCAUAAAAAUAAUGAAAGAAAAAAACAGUUCAGUGAGUUUAUGAAGUCCAUGGGAACGCUAAAAUUCCCAUUGUCAGGACGUGAAAUGAGAAGUAAAACUACUUGUGGAGGAAACAACCUGGCAAUUGUCACGUACAUUUUUGCAAGGGACAGUCUUGUUAUCUGUGAAUUGGAUAAAACUUGCCUUUUGGACUGGAGAAAGUCAGAUGAGACACUGUUGGACUGGCUCCUUCCUCUCCCCUGUACCAGCAGAACUCAGGACCCCUGACUUUUUCCUGUUUUUUGAUGUUUGGGAGAGGGCUGAGAGAGCUCCCACUUGUGUCCAGGAAAAAGUCCAUACAGCUGAGAGGUAGGUGCUCCUCUCUCCUGAAUAAUGCCAUGUCUCUUGGACACUGCGCCCCUUCUCAUGGAUCCUGUACCCUUGUAAGACCCCCAUUGCUGCUGGGCUGGAGACCAUGACGGGCUAAAGCAACAGUGUCUCAACAGAAGGGUGGAGAAUUCUCUACCAACGAUAGAGUUACCCUAACUCAGGUGGGUAAUACCCAAUUAUCACUUGGGCCUUGAUAUUUUAUAAAGUUCUUGCAGAACAUUCCAAGUUUUUCGUUGGUUUGUGUUUUUGCAUACAGUCAUCUCCACUGAGUUUAGAUACUGGAGAUUGAGCCAGGAGAAAGAUCUGAGUGACAAGAUGCUGUAAUAGUCUCACCUGUUAAUCUCUUAUCUGCUGAUUCUUUUUUCUUAGAAGGGGUUGUCUCCCGGGAAAUUCUUGUUAAGCGUUGCUUUACCUUUUUAACAGAUCCAUCUACCUAUGUGAUUUCCCCCUGGCUCUUCAUUAGCCUUUUAUUUGCUUAUAUUGUUUUUUAAAUAAACUUAAACAGUUGUAGAUUUACAGAA